AUGGUGAAGAAGAAGCAAAACCCGCUCAAAAUCGACUUCGAGAAAUGUGUUAUAGAAGAUAAACUUCUGCAGAUAAGGAAAGAAACUGAUUCGACAGAGCCAUAUUUGGUUAAAGUUUGGGCCAUUGAGAUAAAUGCUCGAAGUAGCAAAGCCCUGAUAGAAUUCUUACGGGACGAUGUUCAAGAGAAGGAUCCGGUAUCAUUUCUGCAUCUCAAAAGAAUUAAGAAAAGUCAUAGAUCGGGUUAUUUAACCGUUCUUGUAUGUUCUUUCGAACUUAUUAAUGAAGAAGUCGAUUUCGAUGAGCUCAUGGCGAAUGUCAAAUUCGAUUACUUAAAGCUUGAUGAGCCCAUUUGGGUACCAAUUCAGGGACCAGGUACUAAGAAGCUUUUUAUGGAAUGGUCAGCGAAAUAUUGGCCUCUCAUAUGGAGAGGAAACCCGAAUGAUCAAGAGCUUAAUAGUUACACUUUCGAUAUGGACAAGAUAAAAAGCGUCUUACAGAACAUCACCGAAAAAUCACGAAGCCUUGCUGCAAACAACCACUCUAAAAUACCUGUCGUGAGUGCAUUUGUGAAUCCCGUAGAUGGGGAAGAAAUUUACAUGAGUGAUGGAAGAGAAGAUGGUUCGGAGCUAAGUCAUAGUUGCAUGAGAGCAAUCAGACAAGUAGCUGAACAAGAACAAGAAAGAAGAGAAAAUGCUCUAAAGACCUCCGGAGAAACCGAAACCUACCUCUGUCUAAACUUUGAUGUCUAUACGACUCACGAGCCAUGUUCAAUGUGUGCCAUGGCACUCAUUCACUCCCGCAUCAAAAGAUGUAUCUUCAUCGAAUCCAUGGGAAAAAGCGGAUCUCUGCGGCCAGAUAGCGGCGAUGGAUAUUGCAUACACGAUAACCGUCGGCUGAAUUCAAAAUACGAGGUUUUCCAGUGGAUUGGAGAUGAGUUUGAAUUACCUGAAAUCGAACCUCGUGUAUGUUGCUAA